ACUCGCGACGGAACGCGGAAGCGCGUGAACCACGUCAUUUCCGGUGGCGUUACGUAGCAGGUUUGUUGAGGGAGAAGACAACAGCGAUGGCUGACGAGAAGCCCAAGGAAGGCGUGAAGACUGAAAAUAACGAGCACAUAAAUCUCAAAGUGGCUGGACAAGAUGGCUCAGUGGUCCAGUUUAAAAUCAAGCGGCAUACCCCACUCAGCAAACUGAUGAAGGCUUACUGUGAACGACAGGGACUUACAAUGAGGCAGAUUCGCUUCCGAUUUGAUGGACAGCCAAUCAAUGAGACAGACACUCCUGCUCAGUUGGAAAUGGAAGAUGAAGACACGAUUGAUGUAUUUCAGCAGCAGACGGGAGGUGUGAUGUAAAGACGCUGUAGCUACCUCUCUCUCCCCCCUUCCACCCUCCCUGCUGGAAUCCUGCGUGUGCUUACCAGCUAAUCACCAUGCCAAACAAGCACAGACUGAAAUGCUUGCUAACAGUCUCAGAUACAGACAGUGUUUACCACCCCCAUAUCUCUCAAUCUUUCUUUCUUUUUCUUUAUUAUAUAAACAGUCGAAUCCUGCAUUUCAAACUACGUGGACCUAAGACGAAGAAAUGCUAAAAUGCUGUCAUUUGAAAUGUUUUAAGUUUGUUUUUCAGGUAGUAUGAAUGAUGCUCAAGGCAAAAGUACAGUUUUUUUUGUGUUACAACAGUUGGCUUUUGUAUCUUUUAUAUAUGUUGUAGUUCUCUUUUGUACCCAGUCAAUUUUAUUCGGUCACAUUUACAAUGUGAGGUGAUGAUGAUAAAGUUUUGUGUUUAAAUAAAACCCUUGUAUAAAAUUA